GUGCCAAAGGUUCACUACAUAUAGCUGAAGACAGCAAAUAGAUGGUCUCUUUUUGUGCAGAUUUCUAACUAGCUGCCUGUUUCACAAACUCCUUGCUGUGGGAGCUUUUUCAGGAAGGAAAUUUAAAACAUGGUGAAGUUACAGCUCCCCAAUCCUGGCCUGGAGGACAGGAUACCUUCCCACACAGAACUUGAGGUCCUUGAGAAAGAAGAGGCAGACUCCAGACCUAAAUGGGACAACAAGGCUCAGUACAUGCUGACAUGUGUAGGGUUUUGUGUUGGCUUAGGAAACGUGUGGCGGUUUCCGUAUCUCUGCCAGAGCCAUGGAGGAGGAGCCUUCAUGAUCCCUUUCCUGAUUUUGCUAAUUCUGGAGGGUAUCCCCCUGCUUCAUCUUGAGUUUGCCAUUGGUCAAAGGCUGAGGAAAGGCAGUGUGGGAGUCUGGAGUUCCAUUCACCCUACCCUGAAAGGUGUUGGCAUAGCAGCAAUGUGUGUAUCUUUCCUGGUGAGUUUAUAUUACAAUACUAUCAUUGCCUGGGUAAUGUGGUAUUUCUUCAACUCCUUCCAAGAGCCCCUGCCUUGGAGUACCUGUCCUCUCACUAAUAACAGAACAGAUUACAUAGAAGAAUGUGCCAAGAGCUCUCCCGUGGAUUAUUUCUGGUACAGAGAAACAUUAAACACCUCCACUUCUAUUGAAGAUUCAGGCACUAUACAGUGGUGGCUUCUGUUAUGCUUAACAUGCGCAUGGGGCAUACUGUAUGUGUGCACAAUCAGAGGCAUUGAAACCACAGGAAAGGCCGUGUAUAUAACAUCGACUCUUCCAUACCUUGUGCUUACUAUUUUUCUAAUCCGUGGCUUGACACUGAAAGGAUCAGUCAAUGGAAUUGUGUUUCUCUUCACUCCAAACGUUACUGAGCUGGCUAACCCAGUGACAUGGCUGGAUGCGGGUGCACAGGUGUUUUACUCUUUCUCCCUGGCCUUUGGAGGCCUCAUUUCAUUCUCCAGUUACAACCCUAUUCACAAUAACUGCGAGAAAGACGCUGUGAUUAUCUCCGUGAUCAAUGGUUUCACAUCCAUCUAUGCAGCAACUGUCAUAUACUCCAUCAUUGGAUUCAGAGCCACAGAAAGAUAUGAUGACUGUUUCGACAAAAAUAUUCUUACCUUGAUAAAUGCAUUUGAUUUGCCAGAGGGCAAUGUAACCCAAGAUAACUUUGAGCAAAUGCAGCAGCUGUGCAACAUGACUGAUCCUGUCACUUUUGCAAGCCUUAAUUUUGAAACUUGUGAUCUGAAAAGUUUAUUAAGUGAGGGAGUUGAAGGAACUGGCUUAGCCUUUAUUGUCUUCACUGAAGCUAUCACCAAGAUGCCUGUCUCACCUCUUUGGUUGAUUCUUUGGUUACUUUUGAUUUUAUGUCUAAAUGUACUGCUGUUUUAUAUUCUGUUUUUCACAGGUAUCAUCUGCGCAGGGUCUUACUUGAUAGCUUUCAUUUUUGUCCUGAGGUCUGGCAAUUACUGGCUUGCUCUGUUCGACAGUUUUGCUGGCUCCAUUCCUUUGCUAAUAAUUGCCUUCUGUGAGAUGUUUUCAGUUGUCUACAUUUAUGGAAUAGACAGGUUUAACAAGGAUAUUGAGUUCAUGAUUGGACACAAGCCCAAUAUAUUCUGGCAGGUAACCUGGAGAGUUAUCAGUCCGCUCAUUAUGUUAGUUAUCUUCUUAUUUUAUUUUGUGGUGAAAGUCAAUGAAGAACUGCUCUACAGUGUUUGGAACCCUAACUAUGAAGAAUUCCCAAAACCACAGAAGAUUGGAUAUCCCGGCUGGGUCUAUGCUAUUAUUGUAAUCAUCGCUGGCGUGCCUAGUUUGAUCAUCCCUGUCUUUGCUAUCUACAAAGCCAUCAGAAAUUGCUGUCAGAAGAGAAGUGAUCGUACAGGCCUUAUAAGCUCAAUAUCUGAGACGUCUGUUAAUGGCAACUUAAAGAAUUCAGAAUAAAAGCAUGUAAAAAUGUGGAAGAAUGCCUUACUAAGAAAGCCAAAAGAUUUUCUUUAAAGAAUUCAGAAUCAAAUUGAUUGCCAUAAAAGGAUAACUAUGUGUUGUUUCUAAGUAGGCACUUGCUUACUUAGGAAUGCAAGGUACAGUGAAGAAGUGAUAGCUUGGGUCCUGGGAACCACAUUUGCAAAACAGGCCAAAUAAUUUCUCCUGCUAAUGGUUUUGAUGCCAGUUUGUUUGAAACUGGCUUGGAGGACUCUGUCUGAGGAUGCACUGCGCUUGGCAAGCCUUAAGUGACUCUUCCCUGUCCAAACAUUCUGGUUGGGUGACCAAUCUGGAGGGUAAUUUAUACUGACUUCUAUUGCACGUUAAAUUGUUUUUACUUUACAUGCCACUGUGUUGCACAAAGCCACCAAUACUAUAUCUCAUUCAGAAGCUAAAAAUAUUUAAUAAAAACGUUUCUAAGAACUAGA